GGCGCGAGGCGGUUGUGUUUUUUUUUGUUCGGCGGGCGCACGAGGUUCUCGUCUAAUUUUUAAAAACUUGUUUUACAUUCGAAGAACGAACCCACCAUAUAUGUAAACGAAUCGCACUUGCAGACUGGCACUUAUUUAGGCAUUCCAACUGAGAGAUACAACGGCACGAUGUCGGCUGUUUUGGUGUUUUUUGUGAACGGAAAAAAGGUGACCGAAGUGAGUCCGGAUCCGGAAUGUACGCUCCUCACGUACUUGCGCGAGAGACUGCGGCUGUGUGGCACCAAGUUGGGCUGUGCGGAGGGUGGCUGUGGCGCCUGCACCGUGAUGGUGUCCCGCCUGGACCGCCGUGCCAGUAAGAUCCGCCACCUGGCGGUCAACGCCUGCCUCACUCCGGUGUGCGCGAUGCACGGCUGUGCGGUGACCACGGUGGAGGGCAUCGGGAGCACCAAGACGCGGCUGCAUCCGGUGCAGGAGCGGCUGGCCAAGGCGCAUGGCUCCCAGUGCGGCUUCUGCACGCCGGGCAUCGUGAUGUCCAUGUACGCCCUGCUGCGAAAUGCCGAGCAGCCCUCGAUGCGGGACCUGGAGGUGGCCUUCCAGGGCAACCUGUGCCGCUGCACUGGCUACCGUCCCAUCCUCGAGGGCUACAAGACCUUCACCAAGGAGUUCGCCUGCGGCAUGGGUGACAAGUGCUGCAAGGUGAAUGGCAAGGGAUGUGGCUCCGCAUUGGACGACACGGAUGACAAGCUCUUCGAGCGCAGCGAGUUCCAGCCCCUGGAUCCCAGCCAGGAGCCCAUCUUUCCGCCCGAACUGCAGUUGAGCGAAGCCUUCGACUCGCAGAGCUUGGUGUUUAGCUCGGAUCGGGUGACCUGGUAUCGGCCCACCAAGCUGGAGGAGCUGCUCCAGCUGAAGGCCCAGCAUCCUUCCGCCAAACUGGUCGUGGGCAACACGGAGGUGGGCGUGGAGGUCAAGUUCAAGCACUUCCUGUACCCGCACCUCAUCAAUCCCACCCAGGUGCAAGAGCUGCUGGAGGUGCGCGAGUCCCCGGAUGGCAUCUACUUCGGCGCCGCUGUCAGUUUGAUGGAGAUCGACGCCCUACUGCGGCAGCGGAUUGAGGAGCUGCCGGAAUCGGAGACCCGUUUGUUCCAGUGCACCGUGGACAUGCUGCACUAUUUCGCCGGGAAGCAGAUCCGCAAUGUGGCCUGCUUGGGUGGCAACAUUAUGACCGGCAGCCCCAUCUCCGACAUGAAUCCCGUGCUCUCGGCGGCGGGAGCUCAACUGGAGGUGGCCAGUUUCGUGGAUGGCCAGAUUCGCAGGCGGACUGUUCACAUGGGCACCGGGUUUUUCACCGGCUACCGCAGGAAUGUCAUCGAGGCACACGAGGUGCUGCUGGGCAUCCACUUCCGGAAGACCAGUCCGGAUCAGUAUAUUGUGGCCUUCAAGCAGGCCAGACGAAGGGACGACGACAUAGCCAUCGUGAAUGCGGCCAUAAACGUUCGUUUCGAGGAGCACUCCAAUCUGGUGGCGGACAUUUCGAUGGCCUUCGGCGGAAUGGCUCCCACCACAGUGCUGGCUCCCCGGACAGCCCAGUUGAUGGCUGGCCAGGAGUGGAAUCACCAGCUGGUGGAGCGUGUGGCCGAGAGCUUGUGCACGGAGCUGCCCUUGGCCGCCUCGGCUCCCGGUGGCAUGAUUGCCUACCGUCGAGCUCUGGUGGUUAGUCUAUUCUUCAAGGCCUAUCUGGCCAUCAGCCUGAAGUUGAGCCAGUCGGGUAUUGUGUCUUCCGAUGCCCUGGCGCCCGAGGAGCGAAGUGGUGCCCAGACCUUCCACACUCCCGUCCUGAAAAGUGCCCAGCUCUUCGAGCGCGUCUGCAGCGAUCAGCCCGUCUGUGAUCCCAUUGGCAGACCCCAAGUGCAUGCGGCCGCCCUGAAACAGGCCACCGGGGAGGCCAUCUACACCGAUGACAUUUCCCGAAUGGAUGGCGAAGUCUAUCUGGCCUUUGUGCUGAGCACCAAGCCGCGGGCCAAGAUCACCAGGCUGGAUGCCACCGCAGCAUUGGCCUUGGAGGGAGUGCAUCAGUUCUUCUCGUACAAGGACCUAACCGAGCAUGAGAACGAAGUGGGGCCGGUGUUCCAUGACGAGCACGUCUUUGCCGCCGGAGAGGUGCAUUGCUAUGGACAGAUUGUGGGCGCCAUAGCUGCGGACAACAAGGCAUUGGCCCAGCGAGCCGCUCGUCUGGUCAAUGUGGAGUACCAGGAUCUGAGUCCGGUCAUAGUGACCAUUGAACAGGCCAUCGAGCACAAGUCCUACUUCCCGGACUAUCCGCGUUUCGUGACCAAGGGCAAUGUGGAGCAGGCCCUGGCCCAGGCGGACUACACCUUCGAGGGCACCUGUCGAAUGGGCGGGCAGGAGCACUUCUACCUGGAGACCCAUGCGGCACUGGCCGUUCCCCGGGACAGUGACGAACUGGAGCUCUUCUGCUCCACCCAGCAUCCGUCGGAGGUCCAGAAACUGGUGGCCCAUGUCACCGCACUGCCCUCCCAUCGGGUGGUAUGUCGCGCCAAGCGGCUGGGCGGUGGCUUCGGCGGCAAGGAGUCGCGCGGCAUCUCGGUGGCCCUCCCAGUGGCCUUGGCCGCCUACCGCAUGGGUCGGCCCGUGCGCUGCAUGCUGGACCGCGACGAGGACAUGCUCAUCACCGGCACCCGCCAUCCCUUCCUGUUCAAGUACAAAGUGGGCUUCACCAAGGAGGGCCUCAUCACUGCCUGCGAUAUCGAGUGCUACAACAAUGCCGGCUGGUCCAUGGAUCUGUCCUUUUCGGUUCUGGAGCGUGCCAUGUACCACUUUGAGAACUGCUACCGCAUUCCCAAUGUCCGGGUGGGCGGAUGGGUGUGCAAGACGAACCUGCCCUCGAACACGGCCUUCCGUGGCUUCGGAGGUCCCCAGGGGAUGUACGCCGGCGAGCACAUUAUCCGGGACGUGGCCCGGAUAGUGGGUCGUGAGGUGGUGGAUGUGAUGCGGCUGAAUUUCUACAAGACAGGAGACUACACCCACUACAACCAGCAGCUGGAGCACUUCCCCAUCGAGCGGUGUCUGGAGGAUUGUCUCAAGCAGUCGAGAUACAACGAAAAGCGCGUGGAGAUCGCCCGCUUCAAUCGGGAGAAUCGCUGGCGGAAGCGGGGAAUGGCCGUGGUGCCCACAAAGUAUGGAAUUGCCUUUGGGGUGAUGCACUUGAAUCAAGCGGGCGCCCUGAUCAACAUCUAUGGCGAUGGAUCGGUGCUGCUGUCCCACGGCGGCGUUGAGAUUGGCCAGGGACUGAACACCAAGAUGAUUCAGUGUGCGGCCAGGGCGUUGGGCAUACCGCCGGAAUUGAUCCACAUCUCGGAGACGGCCACGGAUAAGGUGCCCAACACGUCGCCCACGGCGGCGAGUGUGGGAUCCGAUAUAAACGGCAUGGCAGUGCUGGAUGCCUGUGAGAAGUUGAACAAGCGGCUGGCGCCCAUUAAGGAGGCCCUGCCCGACGGAAACUGGAAGGAGUGGAUCAACAAGGCCUAUUUCGACCGGGUCAGCCUGUCGGCCACCGGGUUCUAUGCCAUGCCGGGCAUCGGCUAUCACCCGGAAACGAAUCCCAAUGCCCGCACCUACAGCUACUACACCAAUGGCGUGGGCGUCAGUGUGGUGGAGAUCGACUGCCUGACUGGCGACCAUCAGGUGCUCAGCACGGACAUCGUCAUGGACAUCGGGUCCAGUCUGAAUCCGGCCAUUGAUAUUGGCCAGAUCGAGGGCGCCUUCAUGCAGGGCUAUGGCCUGUUUACCCUGGAGGAGCUCAUGUACUCGCCGCAGGGAAUGCUCUACUCCAGGGGCCCCGGCAUGUACAAGCUGCCGGGAUUUGCCGAUAUUCCGGGAGAGUUCAAUGUCAGCCUGCUGACGGGUGCCCCCAAUCCACGGGCUGUCUACUCCUCCAAAGCUGUAGGAGAACCCCCACUCUUUAUAGGAUCAUCAGCGUUCUUUGCCAUCAAGGAGGCCAUCGCAGCUGCUCGCCAGGAUCAGGGUUUGAGUGGAGACUUCCCACUGGAGGCACCUUCCACAUCGGCUCGCAUUCGAAUCGCCUGCCAGGAUAAAUUCACAAAAUUGCUUGAUAUACCCGAACCCGGAAGUUUCACCCCAUGGAACAUUGUGCCUUAAAAAUAGUUUUAUUAAAAUCUAACAGACGUUUUUAAUUGUAAAUUUGUUUUUUGUACAUAACUAAAUCAAAUAAAUGUUUGCAAGAAAUUGUUUAAAAUAUAAC